AGCAUGCAUGGACCGGACGAGUGUAUAGGUAUAAACUCGUGAUAUGCCCAAUGUUACACGGCUUUGUAUUUGACACAAGCAUUUUUCAAAUUGUUCUUUAAUAUAGAUUUCCGAGUAAACGCGACCGGUAAAAACCCCGGAUAAUCCACGGUCCGCCGCGCCGGGCUCAUCGUACGAAGAAAUGAAAAUAUAGCCAUAUCAACUAACCUAUCAGACGGUAUUGCAUAUGAUCAAACAAGGUACGAGAGGGCAUGAAGUCAGGACGUUCCGGCUAUAAAUAAGACAAGCUAACACAGCUCGAUUCUCCAAAGUACAUUCGAAUGCUGAGUUCCAAGUUCUUGCUUAUUUAACAUAGUGGUAGACAGAUCGAUCACAAUUCCUUAAGAUCUUUUGUUAAUUUCUUAAAUCUUCAAGUCCUGUUGGAGCCUGAUCUAGGCUGCUGUUUCGAUCACGACCGGACCAGAACACUUGGCCAGAGAACAUAACUGGAGGAAUGUCCUGUAAAUCUGCAGACAAGGAUCAGGAUCCAAUCCAAAUGGGCCUGGACCCGAGUCAUCAGCUGAAGGAAAAAGACAUCUAUAAUUAUCACCUGCCGCGAAAGGUUGGAGAGAAGUGGAGAGACCUGGCACGAGUCUUAGGCUACAGCCACACAGAGAUCAAUGGGAUCCAAAAGGAACAAAGCAGCUCUAUCAAGGAGUGCUGUAUCGAAGUCCUCGUGUGCUGGAUGCGUCGGGAGGGACGGAACGCUACCGUCGAAAAAUUAGCUGAGGCUUUGGUAAAAGCAGAGUUGAAGGACGUAGCAGAUGAAUUGAUGUGUAUGGAUACCACCCAAGUACGUCUACCUUGAACUGGUGUAGAAAUUAAAUAUAAACUUGAACAAAAUAUCGCAGAUACGCUCUUUGUUUUAAGUACAUCAAAUUUUUGGAAUGAGGCUGAACAAU